UUCCGCCUCGCCACCCAUUCCAAUAUCGAGCAAUAUCAGAGAAGCAACAAUGGCUUCGUGUGGGAGAUCAACAAUGGCGGCGUUUGCGUCCGUAGCUGUUUAUUCUUGCAUGGCUCUUUGCCUGAUGAGCACUGCAGUAGCAGCGCAGCUCCGCGUUGGCUUCUACUCCUACACAUGCCCUACCGCCGAAACCCUCAUCAGGCAAACCUUCAAUGACUCUGUCCAGCAGACUGACGACAUCGGCGCUGACCUUCUCCGGAUGCAUUUCCAUGACUGCUUUGUCAGAGGGUGCGACGGAUCGGUUCUCAUCGCUUCCGCGAACGGGAACACGGCGGAGAAGGACGCGGAGAUCAACCAAACCAUCGAAGAAGAAGCAUUCCAAGUCGUCGAUAAUGCAAAGGCCAAGCUGGAAGCUGCCUGCCCCGGCGUUGUCUCCUGCGCCGACAUUCUCGCUUUCAUUGCCCGAGACAGCAUUGCACACUAUGGAGGAGGUUUCUACAAUGUUCCUGCUGGAAGAAGAGACGGGAGGAUUUCGAUAGCAAGCGACACGUCGGAGCUCCCUGGUUCCGAUCUCCGACUCGGUCAACUCACUCAAAACUUUGCCAGGAAAGGGUUGACACAAGCCGACAUGAUAACCCUCUCAGGAGCACACACCAUUGGCAUCGCUCACUGCUCUGCCUUCGCCAGCAGGCUGUAUAACUCCAGCAGCAGCUCGGGAGUCGACCCGACGCUGGACGCGGCGUACGCUGCUCAGCUGAAACAACAAUGCCCGACGGCGGGGAGCGACACCGAGGUGCAGAUGGACCCGCCGAGCGAGCUCGGGUUCGACAACAGCUACUACCAGGGCAUCUUGAGGCACAAGGGGCUGUUCACGUCGGACCAGACUCUGGUGUCGACGCCGGCGGCGGCGGCGCAGGUGAACUUGUUCGCGCGCAACUCAGCCAUCUUCACGAGGAGAUUUGCGGCGGCGAUGGUGAGGAUGGGCAGCAUCGGCGUGCUGACCGGGAGCAACGGAGAGAUACGCACCAACUGCAGAGUGCCCAACUGAAUCGAGUUGACUUAGAUUUAUUUAACUGUGUUUUAUCUUUCUUUAUAUGACUAAAAGUGUCAAACUCGCGUCUUAAUUCGACGAGAGCUGUCUCCAUUAUCUUCAUGUGAACAAAAAUGUCAAAGUCGUGUGUCUUAAUUCGACGAUCGAGAGCUUGCUGUCUCCAUUAUCUUCAAAUAUAUGAAUAAAAAUGUCAAAGUUACAACA